AUGCAAUGCGGCAAUCCCAAUGGGAAACCAGUCAUCUUCCUCCAUGGUGGUCCCGCUGCCGGAUGUUCGACCGCAGACACGGAGUACUUCAAUCCCGAAAAGUAUAGGGUGGUUCUUUUCGAUCAGAGGGGCUGUGUGAAGAGCCGACCAGCAGGAGAAGUGAGGGAGAACACGACAUGGGACCUUGUCGAGGAUAUUGAGAAGAUCCGAAAACACUUGGGCAUCGACAAAUGGAUGGUCUUUGGCGGCUCUUGGGGUUCUACGCUGUCCCUCGCGUAUUCGCAAACCCAUCCCGAACGAUGUGCACGAGGAAUUUGGUUCGGUUCGAAAUGGGACGUGCAUCGAUGGACCAGUGCUUCUGGUUCUGGAGCCGUCCACCCCGAGGUCUGGGACGAAUGUUGCAACACAUGUGCUCCGUACACAAAAGAGCAGGCAACUGCCUUGGAGGAAAAGUUGUCGGAUACGAAGAGGAACGAGUGGACCGAAUACUUUGUCAACUAUUGUUUCCUCAAGGACGGGCAGCUCACUACCAAGGAGAAUAUUGACAAGAUUCGCCACAUGCCCGGUGUAAUAGUCCACGGCCGAUACGACAAUCUCGUUCCCCCACGAAACGCAUGGGAACUGAAGAAGGCUUGGCCGGAAGCCACCCUGCAUAUCGCACCUUGUUCUGGUCAUACCGCAAAAGAGCCAAACAUCAUGAAACUCCUCAUCGAGGCAACGGACAAAUUUUCAGAAGGGCUGUGA